UUACACGGUGGCGGCGCAUAAGGCAAAGGCGUGGUGGUGGCGGCAGUGGCGGAUAUAGUGCCAAGAGCCAACCGUCGCCGCCUCAGUCCGUGUCAAGAGCUUCAGCGCUAAACACUACCUACCUCCGCUACUCACCGCCAUACACACAGGCACAAACCGGGCCUGCAGUACGUGCCCGGCGCACCCACCAUAAAGGCUACACCAUUGUCUAGGAAGGCCUAACACAAGACUCCUGAAAGAUGCCGGGAGAGAGCCACUCAGAUGUGCCAGCGGCUGUACCAGUAGAAGUCGCCGUGGAGGCCUCAGCGCUGACCACUACUAACGGUCACGCGUCGUCUCCCAGCGAACCGGCCAAAACCCUCACCUGCGGCGAAUGCAACAAGGUGGCGACCAUCGUGUGUGGCGGCUGCUGGGUGGUUGGUUUCUGUGCUCGUGACCACCAGCUGACUGGAUGGCCCAAGCACAGGCCGAAGUGCCGUCCUUGGCGGGUUGGUAACUCUGCCGAACUGGGGCGAUUCAUGGUGACGACAAGAGAUAUUGCCGCCGGGGAGAUACUCAUGCAAGAUGCUCCGCUCCUGCUGGGGCCAAAAAUGAUGACGGAACCUGUCUGUUUAGGCUGUUACCGCCCCGUCAACGAUGAUUACUGUUGUCAAGGCUGCGGGUUCCCCCUUUGCAGCAGCGACUGUGAGGGCACCGAAGACCACGAACCAGAGUGCAGUGCUGUGCGCAAUUCCGGUGUUCCCGUGAAGGUGUCCAUGUUCGGGGAGACGAACAGUUUGUAUGAAUGCAUCACUCCUGUGAGAAUCCUUUCCUUGCGGGACAAAAACCCCAGUUUGUGGAACAAAUUUAUGACGCUGGAAAGUAACUGUGACAUGAGAGAGGGGACAGAGGUGGCUGCCAUCACUCAACGCACAGUAGUAGACAUUAUCCACAAUCGAUUACAGCUAGAGGAUGAGUACGACACUGAAGUAAUUGAAAAAGUGUUAGGGAUACUGGACACAAACGCUUUUGAGAUUCGGUUGCCGGAUUCCAGUAUCUUGGGUGUGUAUCAAAAGGCGUCGCUGCUGGAACACGACUGCGUCCCCAACACUCACCGCACCUUUGACGCAGACCUAAACCUCGUCGUGCGAGCUGCCGUGCCCAUCAAGCGGGGGCAGCACCUCACCUCUUGCUAUACAGAGCCACUCUCCACAACGGGCGUCAGACAGGAACAUCUCCGCUCCACGAAAUAUUUCACUUGUGGCUGUAAACGUUGUAUGGAUCCCACUGAGCUGAAAACCUUUACUUCCGCCCUCAAGUGCAAUGAUUGUGCUGAGAAACAAGAGGAAGAAACCAAACAGAAGAAAUUAGCUGAGAAGGCGGAUCGAGGGCGGGGCGGCACGAGAGGUGCGAAACGCGGGGGUGUUGCAAACCGCAUCAAUCAGUUCCAAACUGGGGGCGCAAGUUCAUCAAGUAAACCAGAAGAGGAGAUCCCGUUGGGACCCUGGAUAGUGCCAGUAGACCCUCUUUCCCCAUCUUCUAUCUGGAAAUGCCUCUCUUGUGGCCAUCCGACUACUGACGACUAUCCGGAGCGGAUUACCUCAGUAAUGCAAGAGGAGGCGGAGGAGCUGGAGGGGACGAAUCCCAAUGUGGAGGCAUGCGAGAGUUUCCUGGAGAAGUGGAAAAGUACUUUCCAUCCCACUCAUUCUUCCUUCCUCAACAUAAAGUACGCCCUCCUUCAUCUGUACGGCUCUGAGGAGGGAUACGAACUGGAGGAGUUGACGCCAAUUCAGCUGGCGAGGAAGGAGGAGCUCUGCCAGGAGGUGAUGAAAGUGGCAGACGCCAUUCAGCCAGGUAUUUCUCGGCUACGUGGGUCAGUUCUGUACGAGCUGUACCAGGCGAUCUUCUACAGGACCCGCGCCCUCUCCCUCAUGGGCGUGGCCACCUCGGAGCAGGCUCGCAGGAUGGCAAUGGAAGCGCUGACGGCCCUGAAGGAGUGUGCCCGCGUGCUGAGCUAUGAGCCGGAGGUGCAGCCAGAGGGUCAACUGGGUCUCGAGGCGAAAGAGGAGAUCAAAAUGUUGCAGAAGUGGAUCAAAGAGGAGGGCUGGAAGUGCUGAGGAACAGGUCAGGCCUCCUCUAAGUUUUAGUGAGGGGCGGCACUUCUUGGAAGCAUUAGAUGACAGGCGGCGCCUUGCACAAGUUGUAGAUGGUGGGAGGCGUCUCCUGAACGGCAUAGGUAAGAAGCGGUGACCCCAAAACGUAGUGAAGGAAACGGUCUUGGAAAGCUUAUAUAAAGGCAGUAUCCUAGUAAACGUACUGCUGAAAAGAAGAUGAGUGGCGCAAAGAAGCAGGAGAGCCCUACCUUUUCAUGAACACUUCCUGCUCUGUGGAAUCGGUGCUGAUUGACUUCUAUUGAAUUUCCAGCUCACGGCUGCUGUCUGCCGCGGUGUGCUGAGGUUCUACGUUUCUGCCAAGGUGCCACUGAUCCGUUCAAUGCAAGACCGGUAUAGUAAAGAGAAUAGUUAAGCCGUUCUGCUUGUACUGAGGGGCCAUCGCAGCUUGCGGUUCUCAAGAGUACUCACGCCUUUUUUCAGACAUUAAUAUUGUCAUUGUCACUUAUCACGUGCAUGCUGGUUGGUUUUCGCUUGUGAUAUAAUUGUCAUGUAUAUUCAUUGUUUACUUCAAUUACUUGGUUCUUCAUCCACCAUGACGACAAUAGAGGGGAGACAUGCAUCAGCGACGAUGUAAAAGAGAAAGGAAACUCGGAAUGGUUACUUCUGUAUAGACUCUGGCAUCGAUGUGGCCUGAAAAAAACUUCCAUAUUCUGUCCUACAUUAUACAUAGUGUUUUUAUUAAUAAUUCUUUGUAUUACUGCAGAAAACUUUACAGAUAUUUUUGAUUUCAAGAAUGUAUUAGACUAGUUAUUUAAUGGUAACGUAAUGCUGUUAGCCUAAUACGCUUCCAAAUAAAGGAGACAAUAUUUA